AUGAAUAGCCAUAUCAUUCCCGUCAUUAAAGACUCCAGUGGCGAAAAGCUUCCUCUUCAUGUGUUUUUUGCCGGUUCUUUGGAAAAGGAUUCAUCACUCGUGAUCUUGUUGCAUGGUGCAGGUGGCGAUCACUAUCAUUUCGGCUCGAUUGUCCCAAGGCUGAUCCACGCUGGCUAUGCUGUUUUGACGCUCGAUUUAAGAGGACAUGGCGAAUCUCAAGUAAAGGGUGAUGAUGAUGAUGAUGAUGAUGAUGAUAUGCAUGUCAGCUUUGAAUCCAUGGCGAAUGAUUUGGAUGUUGUGCUUCAAUGGCUCAAGGACAAAUUCGAUGGUGCCACAAACUCUGUUCGGACGCGUGUAUUUGUUGGAGGACUUUCAAUGGGUGGUAUGCUUGCACAAGUGUGUGCCCAUCAGAAGAAAGCGAGAUGGCUUCAAUUGGGAUACGAUAUUGAAGGUGUGAUUGCCAUUGCAUGUCCAUCAGUGAAUAUGAUUUGGCCGCGUAUUCCAUGGAUGGAUGUCUAUCGUGGUAUAUCUUCAAUGGAUCCAGAUGCUAUGAAAGCUGCAAGGGAAGCCAUCAUCUUAUCAGCUGUUGAAGAAAAUGGUCGCAAGGAAACCGCUCGUGCUAUGGAUCUCAUCAACGACAUCACGUUAUUCCAAUCCUUGCGUAGUUGUGCUGAUGCCCUUCCUCGUCCUCCUCCUCCUCCUUGUGCUCCAAAGGAUUCCAUACCACCUCAUUUUGACGCCAAUCCACUCAAACUACCAUUACUCCUUGUCACGGGCUCGCAAGAUGAACAUACGGUGAAGGUGAUGCAUGCUUGGCAACAAUUGAACGAAGACCACAAGAUUGGUAGCCGAUUCAAAAUGAUUGAUCAUGCUGGACAUAUGGUACCUCUUGACGCAGGAACACACUUGGCUGAUGCCAUCCUCAAGUUUCUCGCUCAAUAA